AACCAGCGAACCAGACAGCCUCCUCCGAUGUUAAUAGAAAACCAAAAACCUUAAAAACACUAUGGAGAGAUACAAAUCUUUAGCUUUGCUCGGUGGUGGUGCUCUUUUAGGUUCUCUCUCCACUUUCUUUCUUCUCAGACUUCUUCAAACUCAAGAAAAAAUUGUACGGAGGCAAUGUACUGAUAAUGCUACUGCUGAAACUAAUGGUUUUGAGGGAUGCACUAUUGCUGGAAAGAGCGAUAAGGUGGUUAGUGAUGAUCUUCUGAAAGAUGAGAUUGUUUCUGAACAGCUGACUAGGAACAUUCAGUUUUUUGGCUUUGAAUCACAACAGAAGGUCAGUGCAUCAUAUGUUGUGGUCAUCGGUCUUGGAGGGGUUGGCAGUCAUGCUGCUACUAUGCUCCUGAGGUCAGGGAUUGGCAAGCUUCUUCUUGUGGACUUCGACCAGGUUUCUCUUUCAUCACUAAAUCGACACGCUGUUGCGACAAGAGCAGAUGUUGGCAUCUCAAAAGCUCAGUGCCUUAAGGAGCAUUUCUUAUCAAUCUUUCCAGAGUGCCAAAUAGAUGCAAAAGUGAUGUUAUAUGAUUCAUCUACUGAAGAAGAAAUUCUCUCAGGCCACCCUGACUUUGUUCUGGACUGUAUUGAUAACAUUGAUACGAAGGUGGCACUUCUUGCUGCAUGUGUACGUAGGGGCUUGAAGGUUCUAUCUGCCACUGGGGCUGGUGCUAGAGCCGAUCCAACGAGAAUACGCAUUGCUGAUCUAAGAGAGUCUACUAAUGAUCCAUUAUCUCGAUCGGUAAGACAUCGGUUGAGGAAAGAACACGACAUUGAAGGUGGCAUCCCUGUUGUGUUUUCCUUAGAAAAACCCAAAGUUAAGCUGCUUCCAUUUAAGGCUCCAACUGGAGAAGAGGAAAACCCUUCAGACUAUCAGAUAGUUCCCGGUUUUAGGGUCCGUAUCAUACCUGUUCUAGGCACCAUCCCUGCAAUAUUUGGACAAGUCAUGGCCUCCUAUGUUUUGACGGAUUUAGCAGGAUUGCAGGGUCAAACAGAACCUGUAGUCAAUUUUGACAUGGAUCAUUACCAUAUUCUUCAUCAACGCCUUAUUGAACAUUAUGCAAGUGCAGGUACGAAGCCUAUCCUUUUAACUUUUUGUUUAAUUACAACUUCCUUGUUCUUAAAUGUAGAUGUUGAAGAAGUGAUGUAUAUUGCUAAAGAAUUAUGGCAUGGAAGAAGUGCUAGAGAGCAGCAUGCGAAAGAUGUUGGACGAGGAAUGUGGCGAUCAAUUAAUGAAUUAAUGCUUGUGAGGUGGGACAGUACGAAACCGGCAUCUAUUUCAAAUUUGAUUCUUUUGAAAUUCAACGAGGUGGAUGAGCAUGAGUCACAGACAUUGGAGGAUAUAAAGGAAAAGGAACCAGAAUUUUACAGUAGAGUAAUUGCUGUGUUAAAACGAGCUGAAAUUGACUUUGCAUUAUGACAUUAAGAUUAGAUGAAUAUAACUAUUCACCUUGGUGUAGUGUUGUAUGUCUAAUAGGCUAAUUUUAUUUUUCUAUUUUUGAUUAUAAUGCAAGAGGCAAUUUGUUCUUAAUAACUGUUCUGUUAAAAAAAAAUUGAAUUUUGUGAUCUUAAAA